AUGAAGACGUCCGCUCUUUACGCCGGCACGGUGGCCCUGCUGUCGCUGCUGCCGUCCGGAGUCCUUGCGCAGGUCCGGCUGCCCUUUGGACGCCACUCAGCCGGGGUGCAGGACGGGCACGCAGCCACAACACGCCAGCGCCGCUCGUUUCCCGUUCCCCUUUUCAGCGCCGAGGGGACGUACGUCGUCAACGCAACGGUCGGCACGCCGCCCCAGAAUGUGUCCUUCGCCCUCACUGUGUCGGCGGACGAGUCGUGGGUACCGGAUGCGCAGUACUGCCAUGCGUCGUAUCGUGACUGCCUCUAUGGAUCAUUCAAUCACAAUGAGUCCUCCACUUUUGUGCGGCCGGGAACAGGCAGUUUCUCUGCAUACUAUCAGGACGACACCUAUGCCUACGGUGACAGGAUACGAGAAACCAUUGGAUUUCCUGGCGGUCCAAGUGUGACGAACUUGACCAUGGGCUUGGCGCAGCAGACCGAUCUUUGGCUGGGUGUCAUGGCACUCGGGUACAACGACAGCUACUCAGUCGCAAAUAUACCCGACCGCCUCUUGGCAGAAGGUCUAAUCAACUCGACAGCAUAUAGCAUGUGGCUCGACGAGGAAGAUGCUGUGUCUGGCCAACUGCUCCUUGGCGCCGUCGAUAAGUCUGCUUACGACGGAACUUUGAAGCGCAUUUCUGCACCGCGGAAUCAACACAUUAUUGAGGAUGACACCACCUACACCCAAAUUUCGAAUACGUUCGACGUCUACAUCCAAGCCGUCAAUGCAAGCAAGUCAUCCGACCCCGCAGUGGCGCCCCUCAUCCAGAACACCACGGCAAUGCCAUUGGUAACUAUCGAUCCCACAUUCACCAUCUCGGUUCUACCGGAAGAUCUCGCAACCGCUAUGUGGACGUUAGCUGGAGCCACCUAUUCCGAGACCUACGAUGCCCCAAUCCUGCCCUGCUCUUACCGCAAUAAUACCACCGCGCAUAUCUCUCUGCAACUGGAUAGUGUCGGCGUUGAUGGCGGUCCUGUGCUCAACGUCCCUCUUUCUGACCUUGUCCUUCCAGAAGAUACUUGGACGCGCAGAAUUUGGGACUACGACACGGACACGCGUGUUGACUGGUGUCUCUUCGGGGUGCAGAGCAUCAACGCGACUUCGUAUUCCAGUUACCGCAACAGCUGGACCCUCGGUGCCGGCAUGCUGAAGCGCCAGUAUGUCGUCUUCGACCUUGCUAACGAAGAUAUCGCCAUGGCACCCGUGAAAUGGUUGAGCGCCCAGACAGGACCCGGCGAAGAUGUGGUUCCUUUCUCUACUUACGGCGCCAUGAUACCUGGUUCAACAGGAAAUACCAGCAAAUGCUAUGCUGACGAUGAUGACUGUUCCAGCUCCCGUUCAUCACAUGGCAGUGGUUCCGGUAGCAGCAGUGGCAGCGAUGAGUCCGUCGAGCUAGAGCGCCAUUAUAUUGGGAUGAUCGCCGGGUUCAGUGUCCUUGGCGCUGUCAUGCUUGGCAUUGCUAUAUGGGGCAUUGUUCAGUGUUGUCGUGAUAGUAAUAAGUAUGGCCCUGAUGGAGCUCUAACAGAGAAGGGGUCCCUGGAGCCGGAAGCUGCCUCUGCUCAAAACACCAGCGCGAGCCCGCAACAGGAAGUUGGACAGGGAGAAACAUCACCUCCUACGGCAAGAGAACAGUCAUAG